AUGGCGGUCUCUCCCAGCGUGUUUCUGGGCGGGCGUCUCCGCGCCGCUGUUGCUCGCUGUGGGUUUGCGACCCGGGGGGCGGCGGGCUCGGGCCCUGUCGGCCGCGAACCGGACCCUGAUUCCGACUGGGAGCCCGAGGAGCGGGAGCUGCAGGAAGUGGAGAGCGCCCUGAAACGACAGAAAAAAGCAAUCCGGUUCCAGAAAAUUCGGAGACAAAUGGAGGCGCCGGGUGCCCCGCCCAGGACCCUGACGCGGGAGGCCAUGGAGCAGAUCCGGUAUUUACAUAAGGAAUUUGCUGAGUCCUGGUCAGUUCCAAGAUUGGCUGAAGGCUUUGAUGUCAGCACCGAUGUGAUCCGGAGGGUUUUAAAAAGCAAGUUUGUACCCACAUUGGAGCAGAAACUGAAGCAAGAUCAAAAAGUUCUUAAUAAAGCUGGGAUUGCACACUCACUCCAGCAGAUUCAGGCCUCCGGGGAUAGCACAAAGCUGUUCCCUGCAGGCCACUCUAUACCAGGUUUGCUGCUGUUACCAGAAGGUAAAACAGCAUCCAAAGGUUGUAGUGCCAGCACAACUUUGAAAGUGCUAGAGUUGAAUACUCACCGUACAAAUACACCAAGGAGACAGAAGAGAAGGGAUGAUUUCUGUAAGGAUGCCACAAGCACCCAUCUUAACUACUGGAUCCAGAAUCAGGAUGCCGUCGCCUUUCCGGGGCCGCUGAGCUUCCGGGAGUUCUCGGAAGUGGCUUCCCUUUUUGAUAGAAGGCGGGGUGCUGCUCUCAUUCGGUGA